AUGUGUUAUAGGAUCGGAUCGCAUUUAUCCGGCCGAUUUCAAAUCCGAGAAAACCUUGUCACUGAAGGCUUCAUCACCCAGAUUCUUGCAAUUAAUCUCAUUUCCUCAAUGAUAACUACUGGAUCAUCGUGGAUCCUAUUCCAUCUCCAAUACGAAUCCAACACUCCAUUUAUCGCAUUCUGCCGAAAUUUGUUCUAUCUAACCCCUUUCAAUGGCUUUUUCGUCUCAAUCAUCUCGAUAAUUCAAUGCGCAAAACGACGAGAGCGUCGAAAUCAAAAAUCAGCGAGCAUCGUACAACUUCCGGCUAAGGGAGUCGAAGGAUACGCUGAUAUGUCGGACAUCUGUCUCGAGGUUUCUCUUCAAUUUUCAAAAGACUUCUUUUUCGCUCAAAUCGCUCAAUUUCAGCUUCUCGAAAUCGCCAAAUACUGGCCGCUUCAACUAAUUCUAGCAUUUUACACAAUUCUGGCAAUUAUCUCAUUAUUUCUAUCAAUCUACUUUAUAAAAACCUAUAUAUGGAUGUCGGCAUUCCAUCAGAGUUUCAAGAUUUUCAUAGCCAUCUAUUUUACAAAUAUUAUCCAACACCAAUUCUGCUAUACAAUGAGCUUUGCGGUGUUCCUCAAGAAUCUCGUUCAAGCGUCGACGAAUAAAUGCGAUAUUAUUCUCGGAAUCGUACCUCGAACUAUUCUUCAUAUUCCAUUAAGCUACAGCGCUUCAGUUGGUGUUUUUACAAUGUUCGUCAAAAUCGCAUUCUAUAAACCAUUGCAAAUUCUAUUCAUCGUCUACACCCUAUUUGCAAUCGUCACAAUUGUUUUGAUAAUUUAUUUUCUAAAAGUCUAUAUUUGGAAAUCGACACUUCAUCAAAGCUUCAAAGAGUUGGUCAACAUCUACUUCAUUGUUAUAUUCGCCCAAGAAUAUUUCUAUGUUUUCAAUAUCGCCGUCGUCCUACCGUGCAUUUUAAUUUUUUGGAUCUAUCAGAACGCUGAUUUCAAUCAGCCAGCUAUUACAAUCUUAUCGAUUCCCGGUGGUGUCGUUGAGCGAUUCAGCAUUAAUCUGAUGGGCUCAAUAAUUCUGCUGGCCACUGAUUUCAUUGUGUUACUCUAUACUCAUUGCUACAAUCGCAAACUUCGAAAGAAGCGAGUCCAAUUGCGAUUGCUUCAAAACGCAACAUUUUACAGAAUCGGAUUCAAUUUGUCAAGCAGAUAUCAAAUCAUGGAGAAUAUGACAACAGAGAGAUUUGUUACCCAAAUUCUAACAGUGAAUCUACUAUUAGCAUUGCUUGCUUCUAGUGUUCCUUGGAUAUUGAAUAACUUCGAAUUGAGCAUCUCAACCGAUAAUAUUCAAUUUGCAUUCUUCCUCAGAAGCGCAUUAUUCCUUUCUCCUGUUAUCGGGCUUCUCGUCUCGAUCAUUUCGAUUUGGUUCAUGUCGAGAAAUCGAAAAUUGCGCAUUCAACACGCCGCAAAAAUGGUGAAGGUGCCGUCGAGAGGACGACGCGGCUUUCAAGUCUAUUCGAAGUUGCUCGAUGAGCAAUGGGCGCAGCAUUUCAAAAAGCUCUAA